CUCUCUCUCUCUCUCUCUCUCUCCCUUUAACACUCUUAUCUUCUUCAGUCAUGGCUGAUCCUUAUGGAUGGUUCCACCAUUUCUCUUCAGCCUCCUCAUCUUCUUCCUCCAAUAAUCCAUCUUUUGUUGGGUACAAUUUCUACUCAUCAAGUUAUAACAACAACAACAUAAAUAACAAUAUCUCUUCUUAUGUUCAUCAUCAUCAUCACUAUCAAUUAUCCUCAUCAUCAUCAACAUCUCCUCCUUCUCCUCCUCUCAAAGAAGCUCUUCCACUCCUCAGUUUAAGCCCAAGAAGGCAUGAUCAGGUACAAGAUCAUUCCUCAUGCACUACUGCCAUGGAAGUGGACAAGAACAACAAAGAAGAAAUUAAUCUCUUCUCAUCUACUACUUGUGGUGGUGAUGAUGAUAGUGUUACUGUAGCACUACAUUUAGGGCUUCCUACUUAUUCUACGACUUCAUCAGCUGAAUUAAUCUCAAGAAUCUCGUCUGAUCAUCAUCAUCAAGAGAUCUCUGGUGAUAAAGAAGACCUAGUAACAGUUGCUUCUACUCCUUACAAUUCAAGCUGUCUUAACAAAGGCCAGUAUUGGAUCCCAACUCCUGCUCAGAUUCUGAUUGGUCCAACACAGUUUUCAUGUCCACUUUGCUUCAAGACCUUCAAUAGAUACAAUAACAUGCAGAUGCAUAUGUGGGGGCAUGGAUCUCAGUACAGAAAAGGACCAGAGUCUUUGAGAGGAACACAGCCAACAGCAAUGCUUAAGCUUCCAUGCUACUGCUGUGCAGCAGGUUGCAGGAACAACAUUGACCAUCCAAGGUCAAGGCCACUGAAGGACUUCAGAACUCUCCAGACCCACUACAAGAGAAAGCAUGGGAUAAAGCCAUUCAUGUGUAGAAAAUGUGGCAAGGCAUUUGCAGUGAGAGGUGAUUGGAGAACCCAUGAGAAGAAUUGUGGGAAGCUCUGGUAUUGUACUUGUGGUUCUGAUUUCAAGCACAAGAGAUCUCUGAAAGAUCACAUUAAGGCUUUUGGACAAGGACAUGCUGCUUAUGGGAUUGACUCCUUUGAAGAGGAAGAUGAACCUGCUUCAGAGAUUGAACAAGAUAAUGAGUCCUCUCAGUAAUUAUCUCAUUAAUAUUAAUCAUCAUUACUCUCUCAAGACUAGUAGUUAUAAGACACUACUAGCUUAAUUUUCUUCUUCCUAGCUCUAGCUACUUAUAGUUCUAUUUAGUAUUUACUACUCUUUUAGAAGUUUCUUAGCAUUUGGAGACUCGAGAUAAAUAAAUGUUAGACAAAUUAAGUUCCUAUGAUUAAUUUCUAUUUGA